GGCGAAUCGACCUCUCCUUCGCUGUGCACACAAUACAUCCCACACAGAAUCACUUAAGGAUAGCCUUUAAUUGCUGCUGGGCAGCAUCUUACGUACUUCUUCCCCCUAAUCAAUGGGUCUCCGGUCUGCGAAAUCGGCAGACCGUCUCUCAAUUCGCCAACCGCGACGGUUGCUCUCCCGUCUAGUUCUCUGCUCCACUCUCCUCCUGGGAAUCAGCAUAGUCUUAAAAAGCCGCCACCAUCUCACUUCCUUUUUCCCCCACUUACUUACUUCUACACACCCCUAUUCCCAAGUCACAACGAUGUCUUAUCAACAGGAACGCCACAUCGCUGAGCUUGCAGUCCAGCGAGCUACUCUGCUUACACAAAAGGUCUUUAACGAAAAGGCCAAGGGCACUGUAUCGAAAGAUGACAAGUCGCCCGUGACAAUCGGUGACUUUGGUGCCCAGGCUUUAAUUAUUCAAGCGAUACGCAAGAACUUCCCAAAUGAUGAGAUCGUCGCCGAAGAGGAGGCCAGCUCUCUCCGUGAAGAUAAGGCGCUGAGCGCAGAAAUCUGGAGAUUGGUUAAGGAUAUCAAACUGGAGGACAGUGAAAGUGAUAAGCUCCUUGGGGGCCAGUUGCCGAGUGAAGAAGAAAUGCUGGACAUUAUCGAUCAAGGCAAGAGUGCGGGGGGUCCGAAGGGUCGCAUCUGGGCUUUGGACCCCAUUGACGGCACUAAGGGAUUCCUUCGUGGUGGCCAAUAUGCCGUCUGUCUUGGUUUGAUUGAGGAUGGCGACGUCAAGGUUGGAGCAAUUGGCUGCCCUAACCUGCCUAUUAACGACUCCGAUACGAUGUCUGCAUCAAUUGGUGCUGGCCAGAACAGCGGUGCUGGCUAUGGUGUCCUUUUCUCAGCUGUCAAGGGCGCCGGUUCCAUUAGCCGGCCUCUGAAGAACGGUGCUCUUGCUGAGAGCAAGUCUAUCUCUAUGCGUCCCGUACCCGACAUCUCCCAGGCUAUCUUCUGCGAAGGGGUGGAGGCUGCCCACUCGGCUCAGGGCGACAAUGCUGCUGUUGCCCAGCGUCUUGGCAUUACCUCCCCGAGCGUGCGACUGGACUCUCAGGCGAAGUACUGCUCUAUUGCCAGAGGUGCUGGAGACAUCUAUUUGCGUCUCCCUGUAAAGAAAGACUACCAAGAGAAAAUCUGGGAUCAUGCCGCAGGCGAUCUGAUCGUGCGUGAAGCUGGUGGCCAAGUAACGGACAUCUACGGUCAGCAAUUGGAUUUCACUAAGGGUCGGACUUUAGCUGCCAACAAGGGCGUUGUCGCCGCGCCCAAGGCCCUUCAGGGCCAGGUGAUUGAUUCUGUCAAGGUUGUCCUGAAGCUGUGAAAAGCCGAAUGAGCUUGUGUUAUGACCA